AUGCCCACUUUUCGAACAAACAGCUACACCAAGAAGUACGGUUUGCGAGUUCUUAUUUACGAGGGAUCAUUAGCAGAGUCCUAUAGUGGUGGUGGUGGUGACGGUGACGUUUGUGGUAGUUGUGGUGUUGGUGGUGGUGGCGAAGGCGACGACGACGAUAAUCGUAAAGGGCAGAUCGACACACACGCCAAGUCGGAGAACCAGGUUUCCACUGCAGAGGAGAGCUGCGGUCCUGACCCUAAAUUCGCUUGCAUACAGUUACCGUCCGCCUUCUAA